AUGUUCUCAAAAAUUGUGCAGAAUAGAACUGAGAAAUCAUCUAAAGUAUAAACUGAUCCCACCUAGAUCUCUAAGAUUCUAGAGGAGAGUUUCAAAAAGUUAAAUGAUGAGUAGCUAUUAUCAGUUACUGAAGCUAGCGUGACAGAUCAUUAUAAACCAUUCAUCGAUUAGUGUAAUGUGCUUCUUUAUGGAUAGACAAACUACAUGCAAGCAAUAGAAGAAAUGAAAUAGAACUCAGGAAGUUAGAAAGGGGGCGUGUGUGCUAAGACUCUCAGAUCAGGUGACGUGGCCUGGAAAUGCGAAGACUGUGAGUUAGACCCGACCUGUAUUAUUUGCCAGGAAUGCUUCGAAAAAGGAAAUCAUAAGGGCCAUCGUGUGUGGCUGAAAAAGAACGUAGGAGGAUGCUGCGAUUGUGGUGAUCCUGAUGCCUGGCGGGAAAAUGGAUUCUGCUCCGAUCAUAAGGGAUAUGAAGCAUCAAGUGAGCAGCUUCUUCAAAAUUUACCAAACUAUGUAAAAUCAAGUUCCAAAGAAGUUUUCAGAUCUAUCUGUAGGAUAAUUAAGAUAUAAUAUCUGGAAAUUCAAGGCUGCAAAAAAUCUGAAUUAAUUGAUUAAGAGGGUUCUGCAAAAAUAACCAAGUUAUAGUGUCUUUUGAAGCUAUUUUACGAAUUCCUAGUAUUCUCAGUGGAUCAAUCUUUAGCAUUUAUUCACUUUAUUGCUGAAGCUAUGACAGAUUCCUACUUUGAAACAAUUAAUUUCAAUAAAGACUCUCAUUAAUGUUGCUACAGAGCUUUUAUUAGCAAUGAAGAAAAGGAGUCAUUUCUUGCUAGAAUUUCGAAGAAAAAUGAAGAACUAAAGAAUUUAUCUGAGGAUUUUGAAGAGACUCGAGAAUAGUAAUAUAUAGGCAUAAAUGAAGAUUAAAUAUUGCUUCAAUAAUACGAGUAGAUGCUAGAAAAGAGAUAAAUCUGCUCUUGCACUGUUUUAGACCUAUCCUUCUAGUGCAAUCACCUCCUAGCCAAAAAAAGUAUGAAACUGAUAUACGAAUUCUACUUCUAGCUCUUUCAAUCAUACAAAUUUAAGUAACAUUUGGGGCUAAGUUUCGCAGCAAAUUUCAAGAAACUGAUCUUAAAGCGAACGGAAUAAUCUUAGUAUAACAUGGGUUCUAUUGGUGUGUAGAUUCUCACGAUAGAUGAAAUUGGACUGAUGAUAAUGAAAGAAGAGAAGUUAAGGGAAAACUUAGUUAAGACCUAUGAAUUGGUCAUUGAUAAGUUAGUCUCAUCAUCUUUCUAAAAUAAAUAUGUCAACUACAUGUACUCUAUACUCUUUGAUAUAAAGUACUUGAGCAGACCUAAAACUCUUCACUAUGCUGUGUAUGAGACUGAUUUCUUAGAAAAAAUACUAGAGUAGCUGGGAAAACUUUACUUCACAGACAUAAUAGAGUACAGAACCAACCACAUUCAAUUCGAUGCAACCAUUUAUAAGGAGGGACUGUAUAAUAUAGAUCUAUAGCUUAUCAAAACCUACAAAAACUACAUUAAGGAAAUAGACCCGAAGAACGUAGAGAGAAAUAGAAAACUUAUGUCUGCCUUCAUUUCAUUCUUUGAGGACAUUAAUAACAGAUUAGGAGAUGUAGGGGAGAAUGGUUUCUUUGCAAUUCCUCUUCACAGACUUUUUAGUUACUACCUGAGUAGAUUAAUAAUGUACAACUAUUUGAUUGAAAAAGAUAUUAAUCCUUAAAAGUAGGCAAGAGAUAUUAUGUUGAGCAUAGUACAAAAAUUUAUAGUAGUUCCAAAUAAUCAAAAUAGAUAGAGCUAUAUUUAACAUGCGAUAAUGGCCAUAAUUAGACCUUUAUCUAGGCAAUGGUCCUUUAAUCAUGAAGUCUUAAGUGGCAAAUUUGUAAUGUGUGGAUUGUUUAUUAAUCAUCUGCCUAAGUUGCUGUAUUCAAUUUAUGAGCAAUACCUAAUGCUCAUAAUGGGACUGUUUUAAACCUUGAUUGUUAUAUCUCCUAAGCCAUAGAUGAUCAUAAAUAUGAUUAUACAGGCAUUUGAAAUCAAUCCUUGGCUGAAGACAUUACAUUUUUAGGUACUUCACUAGAAUCUGAAUAAAUAGGAGUUUGAAAAAUUUAAGCCGAUAGUUGAUGAUAAGAAACUCAGACAAUUGCUCUCCUGGGAACUUAAACUAUUUAUACAACUUUCUGUAGUUGAGAUGCCUUUCCUCUACCCACUGAAUACAGAUAUUUGUAGUAAAGACAAGUUGUUCUAUUAAGAGGACAAAAUUACUAAGAAGAUUGAAAAUUUGUUAAGAUCAGAUAUCAAGAGAUAGAUUAUCCAUGCUUUCUUAUAAUUCGGAGGAAAAGUUGAAAUUAAAACUCUCAAAAAAUCACUUCCUGAUUUCUACACUGAGCACGAGCUAUUCGAUAAUACUCUUCUUGAGGUAGCAGAUCAGCAGAGAGAAGGACCACAAAAAUCUUUAUUUAAAUUGAAAGAGCAAUACUAUUAGUAACUAGAGCCUUACUAUUAACUGUAACAUGAGCCUCAGUAGAAGCUAUUGGAAUCUAUUAAAAGCAUUCAGAAUGUUCAGUUCAAUGAGAUACUAGGGGAUUUCAAUGAGGAGUAUAAGUUUGGUACUGAAUUCAAUCAUAUAGUGCAAGAAGCAAUAGGCUAAAGUGUCCUAAUCACCUAUGUUAGAGAUAUCAUCAUAAUUUGGGCACAAAACUAAGAAGAGUUCAAAGUGAUUGAUAAUUAGGCAGGCCAUGAAUGCCUAAAGAUUUUAAUGAUGGUAAUUCAAUCUGCACUAAAAUCUUAAAUAAAGUAGUAGACGGAUUUUAUUCUAAAUAUGAUAUAAUUCCAGGAUAAUAAAGUUAUCAAAUCUCUAGAAAUUAUCAGGAAAUAAGACCUAGCUAUGGAUAAAGCCAUAUAGGAGAUUUUGGUCUCUAUAUUCAAUUUGAACAAGAAUUUAUUUAGAGAAUUAGGCUAACAACUUGGUCUGGUAUUGCCAGAUGAAUCAGACUAUACAGUUUCUACUAAUUAAACAACUAAUAAAUCAGCUGAAAAUGACGUAACAAUUAGAGAUAGGCAAAUUAAGUAGAAAGAGGAGGCAAGAUUAAAAAAGGAGAAGAUAAUGAUGAAAUUUUAGAGUAAAAGACAGAAGUAUAUAAAUAAGAAUGACAUUUAAUCUACAUCAAUGAGCCUUGAAACUUCUGUACUUAAUACCUCCAGAACUAACAGCAGCUAGAUGGACCAAAGUCUACACGAAGACGAUGAAAUUGAAUGCGCUCUCUGUAAGGAAACACUUCUUAGUGACAAUUUUUAUUCUGACCCCUAUGGAUAAUUCGCUUACAUAUCCAAGAGUAAAUUGAUGGCUCAUACUUUGAGACAAACUCUGGGGCUUUAAAAUGAAUUAGUUAAAUAGUAGAAGAAUCAGUUUCAAAUGUAAUAAGAGAAAGAGAUAUCAAGUUUAUAAGAGGAAGAGGAGGAAAAAAAGGAUUAUGAGAUGAUUCAAUAAAGUAUAGUUAAGGAUUAAGAUAGCGGAGAAAACCUUAGAGAUUUAGAUCUAAGUUAUUUAAAUGAAACAGAACUGACAGGAGGCACAAUGAUCAAAUGCUCUCAUUACUCUCAUUUUAAAUGCUUAAAUAGCUAUCUCACAGCCAAAGAAGCUGAUGUUAGGAAAAGAGAACUUAGCAAAAUGAUAGGGCUUGAUCAUAAAACAUUUUAAUGUCCCUUAUGCAGGCACUUAUCCAAUGGCCUUAUCCCCUUCGAAACGUUAGAUAACUAUAACGAAAACAAAUAUACCUAGAGAGACUUUGACUAAUACUUACUUCUUUCCCAGAUAGUUGGCUAUCUAUCCAGAAUAAUCCAACAAUAGCAAAUUUAGAAAUCAGAAUUAUUACCGAUUGACAUAAAGAAGCAGCCACUAGUGGUCCUCAGAGGUAUUGAGAGUUUUAUCUUGCAUAGAAUACAACUAAUAGAUAUAAAAGGAACUCAAGAAUUCUUAAAAAGAAGCAGACACCAUGUUGGCAUUAGAGAAUACUCAAAUAUUAUUGAUAUUGCUGGAAAUGUUGUGAAGCUAAUUUUAGAUGGGGAGAUCAAAGUAAGUUCUGCUCUCAAUCCUGAUGAGGAGAUGACUGAAGAGGGAUUUGAAGAUAUUUGCAUUGAGUAAUUCAGAAGUUUGAUUGAUAAUCAUUGCCUAUAGUAAGGCUAAUAGCAAAAUCUGAUUUUUGAGACUGACGCAAGUAUACUUUGCAAUAAAUUGAUUUUUUAUUUGACACUGCUUUUAAAAGGAAAAUAUGUUAUAUUGAUGAAACUCAUUCAUGUGAUUAUAAAAAAUGUAUACAAGGUAGUCCAAAUUUAAGCUCUCUUUAGGCUAUUGUUUUUGAGAUCAUAAGGAUAACUUAAAGGCUCAAGCUAGUAGAUAUACGAUUUGAUGAAUUUAAGUGAAUUAGUCAAGCUAGCUCAAAACGAGGAGAACUCAGAUUUUAUUAUAAGAUCUCAAUUACCUUUCCUGAGAAAGACUCUAGCUAUGAUUUUAUUGAUUCACAGUAUUUAUAGAUAAUCUAACCCUGACUUAAUGAGAGAGGAUGAUAAAUUUAUUAUGAAAUUGUUGGUUAUUAGAGAUGACUCUGAGGAACUUCAGCUUUUGCAAGAAUACUUAUGCCUUGAAAACUCCUAUUAAUUCAUUCUAGAUAAGCCUCAAGUAUUAGAAAUCUAAAAUAACAGUGUUGAAAUAAGUGCCUUUAUGGAAAUAGAGCAUAAUGAUGGAAAAUCAGAGCUUGAAAGAAUGGUUGAAUAAUUGGCAACAAAGCUCUCAUCAAUUGAUAAUCUAAGAAGAUAAAUAGACCAAUAUAUAGUAUUCAAAGAAUUAGAUAGUUAGUAGCUAGUCGCCUUAACUAAAGAAUAGAUUCUAGAGUCGCCUUAUGAAAAGUCUGUCGAAAUGCCAAACUAACUGAAACUACUGGAUACUUAUUAUACCUUCAAAUUUUUCAAGACACCAACAGAUCUUUAAGGCGUUAUUCAGGAAUACUACAAGAAAGUAUGUAAAAAUUGUAAUACUUAGCCUAAGGAUAUGUCUGUAUGUCUUUUAUGCGGAGAAAUAGCCUGCUUUACCCUGAAAUGCUGUCAGAAUUUACCAGGAAUGAGGAAUAAGGAAGGUGAGCUCACUUUCCAUACUAGAACAUGUGAGGGAGGAGUUUCAUUGUUUUUGCAAUGCUCUGAUGGUAAACUAGUCCUUAUUGAAGGCGAUAGAUCGUGCUAGAAAUCUUCUCCUUAUAUCAAUAAAUUUGGUGAGUCUUAUAGCUUGCAGUCAAAGAGGUGGGACAACUUCUUCAUGGAUGAGACCACUGGAGGAUCAGUUAUAUUGGAAGAGUAUAAAAAGUUGUAUAUGAACUUUAAGAUUGGAAAUGAAAUUAUGAAGGAGAGAUCUUAGUCUGAUUAUGUUUGGAGACUAAGAGUCAUUUGA